UAACAUUCUCAUCUUAAUGCAGUCCCGUUGGGAUCGUUUCGUUGUCCAAUACAAGCAGACAUGCCGGUUCUUGUUGCCAGACUAGGCCAGGGAAUGGUGAGUGUCCCUUGUUUGUCAUUGGUUCAUAGCCUGUCAAUGGAAUGUGUCAGGGGGGGCAUAGGUGUUAUGGUGGCAGUCCCUCUCAACAGUCGAUCAGAUCUCAGUGCACCGCACGCAAUGGCUUCCCAGCGGUACCGGUACGCUGUACCAAGCUCGAGGGGCCACGGUUUACCAAAUACUGCGCCGAGUCCGGAAAAUAUCUGACUCCUGACAACGCCUACUCGCCAUCGUCUCUGGUCCAUCACUUCACGCUCGCAUCCGAGUAUAUAUGACCCGCGCAUGCUCCUAGAGAACGCCGCGUUACAUCCGACAUGCCGUCUUUCCCUACUCAUCUUACCGUACUCCAGGCAGCCGCUACUCUUCACCCCACAGCUGAUGCUUUCCGCGUCCCGGAAGUCGAGCCAGACACUGGUUCCAUCCGGUGUUGGCCUACAAUCACCUACUCGCAAUUCCUUGGCGACGUCGAACAUUUCGCCGCGUAUUGGACGAAAACAUUGACGGCUGAGGGUGUCCGUCCACCUUCUGUCGUCGGGAUUUGGCUCAGUGGGACGACAUACACGGACGCCUUGCACAUCUAUGGCAUCUCCAGAGCGGGUUAUGUACCGCAGCUCAUGUCGCUGCGCCUGCCGAACCCCGACGUCAUCCUCGAGCUAUUAGCACAGUCGGGCGGCAAGGCACUCAUUCACGAUCCCUCCUUCUCCACGGUGCUGCAUCAAGCGCCAGUCCCGACUCAUGUCGCUAUGGAUGCUCGUACCAUUACCGUAUCCGACGAUCCUGUGAUGAUAUUCCACACGUCAGGGUCCACGUCGGGUCGCCCGAAGCUGGUGCCGUGUAGUCACUUCUGGUGGGCGAACAUGAUGGCGAAGGCAGCGACCAUCUUGCGUCCGAAGCACUCCCGUCGCGAUGCACGAGACGUCGUCGUCUGGAUGGGGAGCCUGUGUCAUAUGGCGCAAACAUUCAUGCUCGUCGGCACUCUUCAAAACGGCUCCUGCAUGGUUCAGAGUACGCAACAAGCUUAUCCAACUGAGGAGCUCCUCGACAUGGUCCACCGCUGCGGGGUUAACCGCCUGAACAUAUUUCCCCCUUUCCUUGCGAACCAUCUUCGUAACUCCCGCAAAGAUCCCGACCUCCUUGCGGCGAUGCAGGGACUAGACGAAGUCCUCAUUGCCGGUCUCUCGAUGUCGGAGGAGGACCAACAAUGGGUCCAGACUCAGGGCAUCAAUGUCCUGAACUGCUACGCUAGCACGGAGGUGGCAAUCAUGCUGCGAUCUGUCCAGGAUGUCGGGAGCAAGAUCCAUCCGCUACGUCCCCUUGAUGGCGUCUCCUACCAGUUCGUGCCCGUCGCCCCAGCGCCUGCCUCGGAGUCGGGUUACCAGAACGUCCAUGCGCGUCUUGUCGAGCUCAUCGUAUCGGCGAGCUCUCCGGACUGUCCCGAUGUGUCUCUGCGCCACGCCGACGGAGACUUUCACACGGGGGAUCUCUUCCUUGAGGUCACUCCGGGCGGUUAUGUUUUCUGUGGUCGUGACGACGACUGGAUCAAAAGCGAGAGCUCGCUCCGAUGCGACACCAAGGCUAUCGAGGACAACGUUCGCAUCGCAUGCGAGGACCUGGUCAGCAACUGCGUCGUGGUUGGAAAUGGUCGGCCGACGCCGGCACUCUUCGUCGAGCCGGCGCGAGAGUGCGAUGCGCGAAAAUUGCGGCAGGAGAUUUUCCGGAGGAUCAGGCCCUUCCAUGCACGCCGCUAUCUGCACGAGCGCAUAGCAUCCGCCGACUCUAUUUUCGUUGUGGCCCGGGGUGUCCUUCCCCGCACGGCGACGAAAGGAAACAUCAGGAGACGUGCGGUAGAACAGGAUUUCAAAGCUGAGCUUGAUCGCCUUUACGGAGUGGCGCCUUGAUUAUCUUCCUAUAAUUAGCGUUCAUACUAAUAACAGGGCACACACUUUCAUGCUAACUUAUACACUACGUGUUCUCGUCGUAUAAUUAUUCAGUUAGCUCUCAUGUCGCUAUUAUCGACGCACUCUCUUUCUUGGAUCAUAGUACGGUGGCAUAGUACUGUAGUAUUUCCUGUAAUUACCACAGAUUACGUGCAAAAGUGUACCCGUUGACCGGCUACAUACAAUUUGCCUUUGACACAUCAACGAGGUCUUCAACCAGCAUUUGAUCCUAUGUAUUUUGAGUAUAAAUCGACUUCAGCACUGG